ACCAGUUGCCAGCGAGGAGCUCUUAAAGCACUGACACAGGCCUCCUAGAUCUUCUUGACACAUAACAGCCUCGGACAGCUCCUCCAUCCAAAAUGGUUCUCUCUUCCGACGAAUACAACGGCAAACUCUACAUCAACGGCGCAUUCAUCCCGUCGACAGGCUCGGACCGCCUGGCCCUCACCAACCCUUGGGAUGAAACCGUCGUUGCAGAGGACGUCCAUGUCGCCAACAGCGCGGACAUCGACGCCGCAGUCGCCGCCUCGGUCGCGGCCGUGAAGAAGGGACCGUGGAAGGGCUUCACGGGCGCCCAACGUGCAGCGUGUAUGCUCAAGUUCGCGGACCUGGUGGAGCAAAACGUCGACAAACUCGCUCGGCUGGAGUCUCUGCCUACGGGUCGCCCGUUCUCCAUGAUCAAGCACUUUGAUCUCCCUCACAUGGUUUCCGUGUAUCGCUACUAUGCAGGCUGGGCAGACAAGAUCCCCGGCAAGACAUUCUCCGAGGACAACGGCAUGUAUAAGAUCGUCCGCUACGAGCCUGUGGGUGUGUGCGCGGGGAUUGCAUCCUGGAACGCCACUUUCCUCUACGUCGGCUGGAAGAUAGCACCGGCCCUAGCCGCUGGUUGCUCGUUCAUCUUCAAGGCAUCCGAAAAGUCACCAUUGGGUGUCCUUGGUCUCGCCCCUCUGUACAAAGAAGCAGGCUUUCCAGAUGGGGUUGUUCAGUUCGUGACGGGAGAGCGAAACACUGGCGCCCUGCUGGCCUCGCACAUGGACAUCUCCAAGAUCAGCUUCACCGGCUCGGUCGGGGGUGGCAAGGCGGUGCAACAAGCCGCACUCAAGUCGAAUAUGAAGCGGGUGACCCUGGAACUGGGAGGCAAGUCGCCGGCCAUUGUUUUCAGUGACGCGCCCAUCGAAGCUGCGGUCGGAGGCGUGGGACAGGGCUUCCUCAUCAACUCGGGGCAGAUCUGCGUUGCGGCAUCCCGCGUCCUCGUCCAGGAGGACAUUGCGCCCAAGUUUGAAGCCGCUCUCAAGCAGCAGUUUGAGGCCGUUUCCGCCGGCAUGGGGGCCAACCCGCUGGAGCCGGCGACAACGCAUGGUCCCGUGGUCGACCAGGCCCAGUAUGACCGCGUGAUGAGCUACAUUGACAUCGGCAAGGGCGACGCGCAGCUCCUCACGGGCGGGUCCCGUAAAGGCCAGAAGGGGUGCCUGAUCGAGCCGACGAUCUUUGUGAAUCCCAAGUCGGGCAGUCGCAUCUGGGACGAGGAGAUCUUUGGACCCGUCAUGAGCAUCAAAACGUUCAAGACGGAGGAGGAGGCCAUUGCGUUGGCAAACGAGUCGACGUACGGGUUGGCAUCGGCCAUCUACACCACUUCCCUCACCCGCGGCCUCCGCGUCGCAUCCGCGCUCGAAACCGGCGGCGUCUCGAUCAACAGCCCCUUCAUCCCAGAGAUCCAGUCCCCCUUUGGCGGCGUCAAGCAAUCCGGCAGCGGCCGGGAGCUGGGCGAGGAAGGGCUCAAGGCGUACCUGGAGCCCAAGCAGAUUAACAUCAAUAUGAAAGUAUAAGCGGAGCCGGUGUCAGAUGAGGGAUAUUGGCAUGUGCACGGUGCUGUAUGGAUCUGGGCGCCACAACGGGGUCGUUCAGCUGGAGUGGGAGUGGGUACAUAUACGGAUCGCUAAAAUUACGAUGCGUGGCGGUGAUUAGCAAAUGCAAAGUAGUACGCGUUCGCCUCAAAGCCCUAUCCCUAUCCGUGACACAAUGCUUAUUCGCUUUUGCGGUCGA